AUUAACGUUGCUAUAUUUUCAGAUUCCACUGAAAUUCUAUAAAACUUCAUAAUAAAACGAGGAAAGCAGAAAACAGAAGUUUCAUUAUCAAAACUGAAAAUGAAUUUGACAGCCGGUGAAAAUUCGGACAUUUACCAAGGUGAUUACAGUUAUGAUCUUUAUUUCUACAACGACCUCGAGAACUUGAGACUUCCUGGAGUGCAAGAAUCUUACUUCUGUUUAACAGUCACAGUUUACAGUUUAACAUUUUUACUCGGAUUACUGGGAAACUCGUUGGUGAUUUUUGCCGUGUGUGGCGAUCGCAAGCCACGUAGUGUAACAUCUUUAUUCAUGGUUAGCCUUGCCGUUGCUGAUUUGAUGUUUAUACUGGUGUGCACACCUUAUGAACUGGUACGUUAUUUCAGACCGCACGCAGAGGGUGGAGCACCAGUUUGCAAAUUAGCAUCCUUUGUGGAUAUGCUGUCAGCAGUUGCCUCCAUUUUGAACUUGACAUCAAUUAGUGUCGAGAGAUAUAUGGUAAUUGUACACCCAAUGAUUUCACGCUAUUGGUGUACUGCAGGAAAUACAAGAAAAAUCUUGCCAGCCGUUUGGGCAUUGGCUAUUCUGUUGUCGAUGCCAAGUAUAUUUGUUAUGGAUAUUGAAGUUAUAUCAUACCACAACAACGUCACUAGUGUAACGUUUUCACACUGCUACGAUAGCGCUAUCCCUGAAGACAAGCGGCUUGCGUACGCCAUCUAUCAGUUGACUGUGAUGUUUCUGGCACCUACACUAAUCAUGAUCAUCUGCUAUACUUUUGUUAUUUAUGUUCUCUGGCUCAGCUCGAAGCAACUGAAAAGUAUGACAUCAGCGAACUGCGGUUCCAGUAAUACAAUCAGUGAGGAAGUGGAAUCCAAAAGAAUCUGUCUCAACCCUUCCGGUUCAGUGCAUACAUCCAUAAGCCGUUCAUGUCACCAACGUCCCCGCCGCAAUUUUCACACAGUAGAAACGUUAAAAGCAAGAAGACAAGUGAUGAAAAUGUUAAUUACAAUUGUCAUAGGAUUUCUCAUCUGCUGGGGCCCACGGUUGAUUCUACGUGUUGUCCAACAGAGCCAGUAUCUUCAUUUUGAACACGCACCUUUAAUGAAGGUUUCAUUCAGUCUCCUACCAUAUAUCCAGUCAUUCUUAAAUCCAAUUAUAUAUGGAUUUAUGUCGAAAAAUUUCCGACGAAGCAUACGUGCAGCGUGUCGAAACUAUGUCUGCAGAAACAGAGAAAGGCAAAUUUGUAUGGGGCACCGGAUUCAUCUUUCUGAUUACGAAAUGGAAUCACGAAGCACGAACGGAACUCUUACUACAAAAAUGUCUUUGCGAACUAUCGAAAGUGUCUCAUCGGACGAUAACUAGAAAAUCUUCUUGUUGUAUUGAUAUUAUCAUUGUUGUUAUCAUUAUUAUUAUUAUUAUUAUUAGUUGUUGUUGUUGUUGUUAUUGAUCAGGAUGAUGAUGAAGCUAUUGAUGUCGUUAUGAGUAAUAUUAUUAUUGUUAUCAUAAUUAUCUUCCGUUGGAAUAUCCUCGAUUCACGACGUAUUUUACGAUUUGGCAAAAGUAUGAACGUCAGAACUCACCGUUACACGCUACCCAUUUCACUUGGAGCACUUGUGCACAGUGACAAUUUGAUAUCGCUUCAAUUCACUUAUAUCAUUAAAAUAUCGUUAACAAUGUUCUCACUAUUUUCUAUGUCCCUUCGCCCGAAAUAAUUACUAUUAAUAAUGAAUCAUUAAUUAUUAUUGAUAUGUAAAUAAGACUGAUGGAUUGGUACAACCGUUACCUCAUUGACCAUAUUGUUAUUUAAUUAAAAAUAUUUUACGUUCGGAGUUCAAAUCCAGCCGAAUCGACUUUGCGUUUCAUUGUUCCAAUGUCUGUAAAUUAGUACCAGUUUAGUACUGAAAUCGAGAUAAUCGACUGUUCCUCUACCCACCCAUUUUCUUGCUUUACACCCAUGUCGGGUAUCUUUAUUGCUGUUGAUAUAAUUAUUGUUUACGUGUUUAUGAUAGCACAAUUUUUUGCAGUAUCGGAGAGCUUCCGUGUAAAAAUCAUGCAGUAUCUAGUUACACUCGUUCAUUUAAGUAGCUCAUAUCCCGCCAACGCCUGCUUCUUUUUUCAUAUGCCAGGGAUCGAUUAAAUAAUUUCAAACCCAAUACAUAUAUUGAUUUUUAUUGAACGUAG